UUACAAAAUGAAGCUCUCAGUAGCCAGAGGCUUUGAGCUAAAUUCAAAAUUUAUAUGAAAAAUAAAACAAAAUUUUCUGUUAUCGCGUUAAAAUAUGCACAAGACCUGGAAUAAAUCGUUUCACAAGCGAAAAAUGUGGAGGACCGUAUCAAAGCCAGGAAAAUUGGUGUACUAUAUGCAGCCCCUGGUCGAGCACUUCUUCGAUAUCUGGAUGCAACCACUUCCCUUUCCGACUCUCCUCAAGUUCCUCUAUAGCUGCGUGCUGCUCUUCUUCAUACUGAUCCCGAUCCUGUUCCCACUACUCGUCCUUCUUUUUUACUAUGGAAUAUGGCAAUUCGUGGGAGAUCGGCAUUUCGGGGUGGUUCCGCCGGAUAAUUGGGACCUACUAGGAGCCACCUCCCAGCUUUGGCACUUUGAGGUCACCAACAAGAAGUAUCUGCUGUUCGUGACCAUGUACAUCGAUAGGUACCGAGUCAUUAUAACCGCCAUAUCUUCGACAGUCGACUAUAUGCGUAUGGCUCUCUGCUUCGUCUUCAGCUGAGCCAGGAUCGCGAAAUAGCCGACGUUUAUUUGCCAAUUGCGGCCGGGGAGUUUGACUAACCUGUGGUUGUCGGAACGUAUUUCAAGAGCUCCUCAAAAUGUUAGAGUUUUCUCUAACUAUUGGAAAACAUGUGUUAUGAAGAAUAUUCAUUCCAAAUUAAAUUUUUUUUUGUAAUUGGCCAUACAAGUUUUGGCAUAAAAAUAUAUAUAUAUAUAUAAG